GUCUGAGUGCGUCAUCAUCCACGAAUCAAAUGGAGAUUCUCCGAGUUGUUCCCUCUUUCCUGUUCUACAGCGCAUUCGUCAGUCAACAAGAUGGCAAUGAACGCAGCGAGCAACAAGGCAGAGCAAGCACUCGGUCACGGAGAGAAUACGAAGAUCCACGACGAGAUCUCCAAUCCUGGCAAGCAAGAGAGCAAGUAUGCCGACCCGUCUGGGGAAAAGAUGAAAGCGCUGGCAUGGAUGGGCAAGAACCACGUCGAGCUCGUCGAGACUCACAAGCCCCGGAUCGUCGACGACAAGGAUGUCAUUGUCAAGGUCACAGGCACGACAAUCUGUGGCUCUGACAGACAUCUUUUCCAUGGAGCCAUUCUGCAACUCCAAAAGGGUGAUAUCCUCGGUCACGAGUACUGUGGCAUCAUUGAGAAGACAGGACCUGCCGUCAAGAACUUCAAAGUCGGUGACCGCGUCGUCGCGUCGUUCCAGAUUGCUUGCGGUGACUGCGAAUUCUGUGACCAAAAGCUCUCUUCGGUCUGUCAGCACACAAAUGGCAGCACGGUCGAGAACACGCUGUACGGCAACCGUACGGCGGGUAUGCUGGGGUACUCGCAUUUCACCGGUGGUUUCAGUGGCGGUCAAUCCGAAUACGUUCGUCAACCUAUCGCAGAUUUCAACUUGCUCAAGAUUCCAGACGAGGUGCCAGACGAGAAGGCACUGUAUCUCUCCGACGUACUCUGCACAUCCUACCACUGCGUCGUCGAUACGGGCAUCAAGGAAGGUGACGUGGUAGCAGUGUGGGGUCUGGGUGCCGUCGGCUUGCUAGCUUGCCAGUGGGCUUUCCUCAAGGGCGCAGGACGGGUCAUUGGAGUCGAUUCCGGCUGGCGACUGGACUUUGCAAAGGAGAAGGUGCCCAAGCUCGAGCUCCUCGAUUUCAAGAGCAUCGACAUGAAGGAAGGCGUAUCCGGUCGUCUGCACAAGAUGACAAAGAACGGCUACGGCGUCGACGUAUCGCUCGAAUGCGCUUCGGGCGAGUUUGCAAAGGGAUUCAUCCACAAAGCUAUGAUUGCCACUGGACUCGAGACCGAUACUUCUGAGAUUCUCAACGAAAUGAUCCUAGCGACCAAGCCCUUUGGCAGGAUUGGCAUCACAGGCAUCUACGCAGGCUUCACCAACAAUUUCAACAUUGGCGCAAUCAUGGAAACCGGUAUCCGCUUUAUCGGCAACGGACAGGCGCCUGUGAAGAUGCACUGGGAAACCAUCAUGAACGACUACAUUAUUCCAGGAAAGCUGGACCCUAUGAUGGUCAUGACUCACCGGAUCAAGCUCGAAGAUAUCGCCAAGCUGUAUCCUCUCUUCGAUCAGCAAGCGCAGAUCGAUGGCAGAGGUAUCGAAAAGCCCUACAUCGAGACGAGGUUCUCUCAACCGGCUUGCAAGGGCAGCCCUGCUCUCUCCGUACUCUAGUCAAUGUUAAUUGAAACCAUCAUGAACACGAUGCAUGCGUCUAUAACGCGGAUGCUUGCUCCCUGUCGCCCCGGCUUUGCCAUCAAAUGACGUGCAUUGCAUAAAUGAAUCAGCAUCGAAUUACUCAUAACCCUACAACAGCCCAAGAAAAGGAAGAAUCGACACUGGUGGCCCCUGUACUACAUGUAAGGCUUCGCCUUGACAGGCGCAGUAGGUCGGACAUGCGCGUCCGGCCCGACCCUUUGAAGCUUACUGACAGCUUCCAAGAUGAUGAUAAGCGAUGUGAGACUGACGUUGAUGCCUUGUAACUGUAGAGGCGAGAUCGUGUCCUUUGCGAACGGUAUAAAGCACGAGACAGUACCCACUGCAAGUCUGAACGCAAUGAGCAGACCACGCCUUCGGUGCGAAUGUGUUGGCUUGUGGAGGAAGCCGAUG